AUGUCAGCCCUGCUAUCCCGCCUCGCCGCAUCAAGGUCUUUGGUACGGCUUGCUUGCAACUCAUCUCGAUUCGAGCCCGCGAGACACUCUGCCCAUCGAGCGCCUUGUCCCUCGCCGCCCCGCUUCAGCACCGCGGCGAUCCUGCUGCAGGCACGCAAGAUGCCCCGCAUCCAGCUGACGCAGCACGAGGACGCCCUCUGCCAGCUCCUCGACCAGACCUGCCGCUACAUCCACGAUGUCAAGCCAGAUAUCCCCGGCGUCGACAGCACGCAGCAGAGCCCCGACGCCUCCCAGCGAUGCGAGGCAAGGAUAGCAGGAGGCUGGGUCAGGGACAAGCUUCUAUCCAAGGACUCCGAUGACCUCGACAUCUCCGUCUCGACCCUCACCGGCAACGCCUUUGCGCUCUACCUGCAGCACUACCUGUCGUCCGAGGAGUUCGCCUCUUCGUCGCUCGCCGCCUCGCCCAUCUUUGCCAGCCAAAAGACCGGCAUCACAAAGAUUGGCAAGAUCGAGGCCAACCCAGAGCAGAGCAAGAACCUCGAGACGGCCACCGCCGUCGUCCUCGGGCUCAGCAUGGAUUUUGUCAACCUCCGCAAGGAAUCGUACGACGCCGGCAGCAGGAUCCCGACAAUGACCUUUGGCACGCCCCAGGAGGAUGCCGAGCGGCGCGACAUUACCAUCAACUCGAUGCUCUACAAUGUCCACACGCGCUCGCUCGAGGACCACACCGGUCUCGGACUCAAGGACCUGGCGGCGGGCCUGAUCCGGACACCGCUGCCGCCGCUCACGACUUUCCUCGAUGACCCGCUGCGAGUCCUCCGCUGCGUCCGGUUUGCCAGCCGGUUCGCCUACGAGCUGCACCCGACCAUCGUCCGCUGCCUCACUGGGCGUGUCAUUGAGGGCACGGGCGCCGCUGUCGACGAUGUCGCGCUCAGUGAUCUCGCCGCCAGGGACGACCCGCGAGUUGCAGCGGGGAGCAAGGGCCUGGAAGCUGGCCGGGACGAGAUCCGCAACGCGCUGCUGACCAAGGUCAGCCGCGAGCGGUUCGGCAUCGAGGUCGACAAGAUGAUCAAGGGACCCAACCCGCUGCUUGCCCUCUUCCUCAUCCACCGUCUCGAGCUGUUCCCGCUCAUCUUCCACCCGCCGCCGACAGCAGGGCAGAUCUUUGCGGGAUCGCCUGCGGGGCCCGAUUCGCCGACGGGAGAGCCCGCACCGGAUGCCGUCGCCCUCAAUGCGGCCCGGCUGCUCGACGCCGUGCUGAAGCGCCAGACGCUCGAGCAGUUCGCGGCGCAGCAGCACGUUAGCAUCGAUGGCCUGCGCCUGUCUUCGGCCGAUGCCGACGUCGAAGUCGCGCAGACCGAAUCCGAGGCGGCCAAGUCGGCGACGAGGGCCUUUUCCGCGCUGCCCACUUCGCCCAUCCCGCAGACGGUGUUCGAUGCGCUGCCCCAGGACCUGCUCCAGAGCUGGGACGCGAGCGCGCUGAGCAGCGAGGAGAAGAGGCGGUUGUGGAUAUCGGUGAGCCUGCUGCCGCUCCGCGGCCUGCAGUACGAGGAGCGCAAGAACAAGUACGCGUGGGCCGGCGAGAGCGUCAUCGCCAACGGCCUCAAGCUGGGCACAAAGUCGCUCAAGGAGCCCGUGGCGCACCUCGAUCGGGCGACCUACAUCCUGCGCUCCCCGGCUCGGCUGCUGCAGGAGACGCAGGAAGGGCAGGCGGCGGCGCAGGAGUUUGUCGCCAUCCCGGCGGGCGUCAAUGUCAAGGCGCGACUCGGUCUCGUGCUUCGCAGCAACAGCAUCAUUCACAGCCCUCUGCAGCUACGCCUUCCGCCGGCGCUGCUGCUUUCCUUUAUCACUGAGCUCGUUGGGCUGUGGUCAGGGUCGCCGCGAGGCUUCGACCCGGAUACCAGCUCGCUCGCCGCCGUCGAGGCAGAAGCCGUGGCGCUGGCGCGAGACUACGCCUCGUUCUGGGCCACGGUCAGGCAGUGGAAGCUCGACGAGAGGGCCGAGGAAAAGCCCCUGCUGGAUGGCAACGCCAUCACCGCGACGCUGCAGUGCUAUCCCCGCCUGAUUUCGCGGGUGCAGACGGCGGUGCUGGCGUAUCAAUUCGAGCACCUCUCCGAGCUUCCAUCCGCGACGGACCGGCCCGCAGCGGCGGAAGAGGAGGUGGCCAAAUGCGCCGCAUGGCUGAGGGCGGAGUGGGAGGCCGGCCGCAUCGUCCCCUUCGACGAGCGUCCCCCGCCCCUCCCAGCGGCCUCGGGUAGCGGCAAGGCCAAGAAGGCCAAGAAGCCGCAAGAGGCUCCGGACCGGAGAAAGAGGCAGAAGAGCGAGUGA